GAGCAUGUAAUCAGUAGUAACAAAGUUUUGGUGCGUCAGCUCAAUUUGACCACAUGCCCUAUUUCUUGAAUGGAAUGGAGCUACACAAUUAACAAGGCUAGCCAUGCUAGUCAAUCUCUCCCAUCACCUACUCAAACAUACCAAUCACUUGGCUUGUAGUUGUUGGUCCAUCAAAAGCUUCAACUCAUGGGCAUUGGCUAUCAAAAAUGCUGCUUCUUCCCAUCAAGCCUUAUACCUGUACUCAAAAAUGCAUCGCUUACCUGUACCCGUUGAUAGUUUCUCAAUACUCUUCACACUCAAGUCUUGUACCCAGUUGCAGAAUCUCGCUGUUAUUCAACAUCUCCAUGCCCACAUUGUGAAACUAGGUUUCAGUCCCCACGUCUAUGUGGCCACCUCUCUUUUGCACGCCUAUGUUGUCACGUCGUUUGAGAGUGCUUGUACACUGUUUGAGGAAAUGCCGGAGAGAAAUACAGUCACUUGGAAUACAAUGAUUUCUGGGUAUUCGAGGUUGGGGGAUGUGGAGAGAGCGCGUGCGGUUUUUGAGGAAAUGCCACUGAAGGAUGUUGCGUCAUGGUCUGCUGUGAUAGCUGCAUACGUGAAUUGCGGUUAUUAUGAGCUUGGUUUAGCGCUCUUUCGAGAAAUGAUGGCGACUGAGAGUUCGAAACCUGACCAAGUGACUGUAGGAUCAGUUCUGUCGGGGUGUGCUCGCAUGGAUUCUCUUGGAUUAUUGGUGGGGAAAUCAGUUCAUGGGUUUAUCGCGAAGAAUGGGUGGGAGUUGAAUGUGGAACUUGGUACAAUUUUGGUUGAGAUGUAUGCCAAGUGCGGCUUGAUGAGGAAGGCCUGCUGGGUUUUUGAAUUGAUGCCUGAAAGGAAUGUCAUGACUUGGACUGCAUUGAUCUGUGGGUCAGCACAACAUGCCUGCAGCAAAGAAGCAUUAUCUUUGUUUGAGAUGAUGCAAAAAGCUGGUGUACGACCCAACGAAUUGACUAUCACAGGGAUUCUUAGUGCAUGUGUGCAUGCGGGAUUGGUGGAGAAGGGCCGCAAAUAUUUCAAGAUGAUAGAAGAAUGUGGCUUGGAGCCAAGAAUCCAGCAUUAUGGGUGCAUGGUCAAUUUGCUAGGUAAAGCAGGGCUGUUAGAAGAAGCUUACGAGAUUAUUAGGACAAUGAGAUUUGAGCCCAAUAUUGUUGUCUGGGGGUCGUUCUUGUCAGCUUGCAGGGAGCAUAAGCAAUUUGAGAUGGCUGAGAGAGUAAUUGAUCAGGUCUUGGGGAUGGUAAAGCCAGAGAAUGAUGGAGGGGUUUAUUCCCUUAUUUGUGAUUUGUAUGUUUUGGGUGAGAAGUGGGAUGAAGCAGAGAGGUUGAGGAAAUUAAUGGCCGAAGAAAAUGUGAGGAAGGUUAGGGGCUCCAGUUUUAUCAGAAGCCCGUAAUGGAAAGCUUACUAUUUUACUGUCCUUGGGAAACUCUAUUGAGUUGAUGAGACUAUUAACAACAAUAUCGCCAUAGAUUGAGCUUCAGUAUUUCUUGCAUCAGAUUCAGAUCAAGAGAAUUAUCAACACCAGAAGUUCUUUUCAAUUCUUUUGGUUGCUAUUGUAGAUGAAGAAGUGGAAUUAGACGAAUUAAAAGGAAAGAAGGAGUUGUAGUAGCUUCUAUCUCAAAGCUAGGAGGACUGGCAGAUCAUUCAGAUGGUUGGAUCUUGAGUGCAACUGGGUCGACCAACUUUUUUGCUUGAUACAUGGUCAAUAAAUUUAUUUUUAUUGUAACUUUUAUACACUUUUAUUUAUUUAUCUUCCUUUUAACUGAAGUUUGCUCCAAGCAAUCUUCUGGUUUGUACUAAC